GUGGCUUUGGUUCCUCUGAAAGCAGCAGUUUCCUGCAGUUGCUGUUCAUUGAGACCAGAAGCGGUUUGCAGUGGUACACACAAUCAUGGAUUUUGUAGACCCAAUCCUGACCAUAGCAGAGAAAUUGUACGACCUUUGUGGUGAGGUAAAAGCCAACAAGAAGCGCUGCAGGCGUCUGGCUGUGCGUGUGUCUGCACUGGUAGAGCUGGUUAAAGUCGUGAAGCUCAAAGGUUUGGGCAACAGCCCACAACUAGUACAGAGGGGCUUGCGAGAGCUUAAAUUCACUUUGGAGUCGGCUGAAGAAGUUGUGAAGAAAUACGCCUCAUCCAGCUGCCUGAAACGUAUUGUGAAAGCUGUUGACCUUGGUGAAGAGUUUGGGUGCUUGAAUGAGCGUCUGAAUGAUGCAGCACAGCUGCUUUCGCUGGCUCUGCAGGUGGAGCAGAGAGACAGGAUGGAUAAGGUGUUCAAAGAGGACAGGAGGAGGAAAGAGGAUGAAGAUGACAGAAGAUACGACUGUGAGGAGCUCCAGAAUUUGCUUCAGUCUUUGGCAGAGGAGAAAGAAAAGACUAAAGUGAGUGUGGAUGCUGUGCAUGUGAAAGUCGAACAAACUCAGAAAGACGUUCAGGACAUUAAAGGCAUACUGGAAUCAUUGAGAAGACCCAGCCUUCAUCUGCAGGACAUUCGAGAGAUCAGACCUGAGGAGCUGACCUAUGACAUUCCCAUCGAGCCAAUCAUGAAGACUGACAAUUCUGAAUUGUUCAAAGGAGAGUAUAACAAGUUCACUGUGGCCAUCAAGAGAUACACGUAUCCAGUGAACACCAGCCCACAACAAGUGAGGAGCAUUUUUAAUAAGGAAGUGGAGACUAUGAAACGCUUUGAGUCACCCCACAUCCUGAGGAUGUUCGGAAUCUGUGUUCAGAACGAGUACGGACCAAAUCCAACCUACCUCAUAGUGAUGGAGUUCUGUGAGAAAGGCAAUCUAAGACACGUUCUCGACAGUCCCAGCAAACUACCCUGGGACAGAAAAAUUUGCAUGUGUCUAGACGCAGCACACGGACUAUACAGGCUGCAUCAAUCCGAAGAGAAGUUUAAGGUGCACGGCUGCCUCACUAGCAACAAGUUCCUAGUGGCAGCUGGCUACAGAGUAAAGCUUGGAGGAUUUGAGUUGGCAAAGACAGAAACAUCCCUAAAGAACAGUAAGGAGAAGAAGAACAGCUCGAUGAUGUACAUUUCUCCACAGCAGCUGCAAGACAUAAACCAUCAGUAUGACAAAGCCUGUGAGAUCUACAGUUUUGGCAUUGUCCUGUGGGAGAUUGCAACACGGCAAGUCCCCUUUAAAGAUUGCUCCUCCUAUAGUAGCAUCUAUAAGAAGGUGUAUGUGGAGAAGAUGAAGGAGCCACUGCCACAUGACUGUCCCAGUCAGCUCAGGGAGCUGAUUAAUGCCUGCCGUUCGUUUGAGCCAUUCCAGAGGCCUUCUGCUGGAGUGUUGGUGGACAAGCUACGCAAACUAGCACAGCAGAAUGAUGAUACUAUCAAUAGACUUUGAAACUUCUUAAUCUGUGUAUGACAAGUUCUCCCUGUUUGUUAAAGGAGCCCAUCAUUCCUUUUAGCCAACAGUGUCCAAAGACAAAGACAAACAAACUUUGACACUAAGUAAAUGUAUAUCUGAUGGCAUUUUUGUCAUUUGUUUAAGUGUUAACCCAUAUUGUAUAAAUCUGCAGAAUGUACUGAAAUAUAAAUAAACUCAGUUUUUGGUCCA